GAAGAAGGUGUGUAUGGGGGAGACCAAAGGGAGGCCGGAAGACUGGCUAGGAGGCAUGUUCUGGGUCCCAGCGAGGCAGGGAACUCUGACAGUGGCCUCCACAAGGCUGUUGCUGCCGCAGGGGCUCUAGCACGACCCGUGGCAAUGCCCCACUCGAUUGGGUAUAUGGCGCAGGCAGCGCCUUCUCCCACAUGCCAUCCUCCCAAGCUCCCCCACCUCAGAGCUUGAUUAAAGCCAACUAAAGAAGACCCCUACAUCAUUUCUGGCUUUCAGUGGCCUCACAGAAAAUAAACACCUUGCCAGAAGCUUCUCUCACUUAACCCGGCAUGCACCACGUGGUCAUCUCUCGGCUUCCUGGCCCCACCUGCCACCAGCCUGUCCAACUCCGCACACAGAGCCUGGUGGCUUCUUGGCAUCUGACCUUUGGCUCCAUCUCCUGGCUUCUCAUCCCAGCUCUCCCCCUCAGCCCACUGGUUCCAGGGACAGAACACGCAGCAAAGACCCUCCUGUUUGACUUGGCCCAAUGGUGCCGACACCGGUCACCGUGCCUGUGGGCGGAUCUCACCCAGGCCCAGCCUCGCUGGUGGGCAGCCCUGCUGACUGAAGACCAGCAAACGAGGCUCAGAGCUCGGGGAAGGACUGACCUCGAUGGCUUGGUGCACUGGACCCAGGGAGCACUCGAUGAGUGUUAUUGACUGGCUGACUCAGGCCCUGUCUGCCCACAAGAGCCAUUUUGAGCAGCUUUGACUGAAAUACGGAGGUAGUCCGUUCAAGGCAAAUAAGCAGUCUGGUUGAUUCUGUCCUUCCUCCCCACCCCCGUUCCCAAGGCUGCCUGCAGGCUGUGGGUUCUCUCCCUGGGGAAGGAGGCCAAGAGGUGGCAGAGCGGCCCCGCUCCUCUGACAAAUGUUGCCAGUGCUCUCUCCACCACUGGAGCUCAUCAGACGGAUCCUGAUUCUCCGAAGCGAGCUGGCUCUCAGCUUGCCAUGGCCGCCUUCCACCACACCCGCCACCUUCACUUGGCAGCGAUGAGUGGACACCUAGCUGCUCCUUGCCAGGCAGAGAGGAACACACACAACCCG